AUGGUCAACAUGCAGUCCUCCGAAAAAGAGAAGGAAACCCGCAAGAACAGGGCCCCCGAGAUGCCUUAUUCCCAUCUCAAACUGAACGAUCACCAUCUCACUUUCAGACCCAACGAGGGGACCCAAUACAUGUCUGAAAACACAAUAUACCUAGCACUGCAGAGUUCGGAUAAUGAUCAAUCUACCUUUGGUGGAUUAAACCGGCCACAGAUCAAGAAAGAGUUUCUCGAUGAGAACGGCCAUGGAAUCAAAACCUGGGACAGGUGCAAUCCAUUGACCAUCAAACAAGAACCAAAUAUCAAACUGGAACCAGGAAUCAAAAUGGAACCACAGGAGUUCAACAAUGUCCAGCAAUUUGAAGGACGUCUCGUCAUUGACCUCACAGAAGAUAACGACAAUCCAUCAGCUCAAAAACGUCCGAUGCCACGUGCUGAAUUAUGGACUGCCAUUAACAAGCGCCAGAAGACGGCUAUGACACCGAUUGAAAUUAUUGACCACCCUGUGGAAAGCUUGUUUGUACAGGAUUAUGAUUCCCCACGAUCUAUCUCCCCCAGCACCAGCGAUCCGUUGCUUGGGCUAGACGAAGAUCAUGUUUCUGGAUUCAAUGAAUACCAGGAACAAUUUCAAAGCCUGCAAUCCCCUUCCAUCGAACAGCAGAUUGAGUUCGAAAACCGGAGAGAAGAAGAGCUCCAACGAAGGAGAAAGGUUAGGAAUGACAAGCAUUUUGAUCUGACUGCACAAGCAAAAUCGGAAGAGGGGUCUGAGGGCGAUAAUUCUUCUCGCCCUGCCUUGAAAGAACAGUCUCAAUCCAAAGACUCUCAGCCCAAAGAGCAAACUCAGUCAGAGUUGAAAAAGCCUGCUCGAGUAAAGCGAGUGGUUACACGAGUAUCGACAGCGGGGAUUCAAAAGGCCAAAGAAAUUGGCCUUGCUCAGUUGCUUUUAAAGGAAGGACUUGGAAAGCGUGCCAAGGCCAAGGAACCUGAAACUGAACCUGAAACUGAAACGGAGGAAGCACCUAAGGCAAGAGGAAACCGGAAAAAACCUCGACGUCCACACACGUUGUUAUCGAAUGAAGAAAUCCAAAGAAUUUUCCGACGCGAUGAUGGUCCCAAAAACGGAAAGGAUCCUUUACCCCCCGGGUUUGUCUCUACGGAGAAAAACAAGCAGAAGGCUUUCAGAGAGAUGCUCGCUAGUAUCCCAGUUGCAGAACAGGCUGAAGCACGUGGAGACAUAUCCAUCCUGAAUGAAGCGACACAGACAUUUAAUCCAUCAGCAAGGUCAGACGGUAAAGGAAAAUGGAAGGUCAGAGGGCUGGUAACACCCCUAAUGGUGAACCAGGUAUUGGCUGCCUCUUGGAUGUGUAAACGCGAGACUUCCUCGAGCAAGCUGAAAAGUGGUUUACUCUGUGAUGUGAUGGGCUUUGGCAAGACCCUGUCGACACUGGCGUGCAUUGUGAAUCGAAAAGUGCCAACUGAGCCAGAAGGUCCGACACUGAUUGUCGCCCCGAGAAAUUUGAUAGAGACCUGGAUGUCGCAGAUUCGGCAACAUUGUGACACUGAAGCAGCCGGGACCGUCAUUGCACAUUGCUCUGGUGCACGGGUGAAAACCAAUAACCUCGUCCACUAUCUCAGGCAAUGCAACAUUGUAUUGACAACGUACUCAGAUAUAUCUUCUUCCUAUCCUAAUCUAAAGUUGCCCCCUGACAUGAAGACUGAAGCCGCCAUCGAAAUGUGGUGGAAUCAGGAAUAUGACGAGAAAGCAGGUGUUUUUCAUCAAAUACACUGGCAUAGGAUCAUUCUUGAUGAAGCACAUAUCAUCAGGAACAGGAUGACCAGGACAUCGAUUGCAGUUCGUUCUCUAAGUGGGAAUUUCAAAUGGGCUUUAACCGGAACACCUUUGCAUAACUCCGUUGAUGAACUUUAUGCUUUAUUUACAUUCAUCGAUGUCCCCAACAGCCACCCCUACGAAGUGUUCAUGCAUAACUACUGCGAUGGGACGCACCAUGGUAAAAAUCGGUUGAUCAAUACGCUUCGAGCCAUCAUCCACCGCAAGACGCACGAGAGCCGUCAUAUGGGAAGACCCCUUAUUGAGCUCAAAAGAUUCAAUCUGAAGGAGGUUAAGAUUGAGUUCUACCCAGCUGAGAAGCAGAUCUACAGCGCAAUCGCGGAGAAGUUCCUCGAGAAAGUCAAUUCGACUCUAAUGAAAAAGCAGAGAAAAUGUGUUUUGACAAUGAUCCUAAAGCUACAGAUGUUCGCUAGUCAUCCACUCACCGCAGAAGAUUACCUCAAGCGAGUGUGCAAUUUCAACACCACACUGGUUACACGGUUAAAGGCUUGGGUGAAGGAUGAAACAAGCCCGGGAAACCCGUCUCCAUCAAGCAAACUUGCGAAGUGUUGUAUUGCAGGGAAAUAUCGAACGGGAAUGCCUACAGCUCCUCUAACAUCUGAAGCACAAAACGAAAAUCUUCGACCACGCCCGCCCGGCAAUUGCGCAAAGCUUGUGUCAAAGUUCGAGGAUAGAAUCAAAGAUCUCUUGAGACGAGAAGCAUACUAUGAAAGCGACCAUCGCACCUGGUUCUGUCCUGGCUGUGAGGGGCUCCCAACAAGGGCUAUUAUCACGGACUGUCAACACCUUUACUGCGAAGACUGUUUUGACGCACUGCCCGAUGAAGAAAGAAACACUGAUGGCGUCGCUCGAUCGUGCCGUGUGUGUAGAAUUCCGAUCAGAAAGGCUGCAUUCUACGGAAUCUACGAUGACUUUGACACACCUCCAGUCGAGGCUGCCAAGUCUUCUUCUCUUGGACAAGAGGGCCAGCAAACGCGACCAGCCACACCAGAGACAAGUACAGCAAGGGAAGGCCAAUCCAAGAGACACCGGACGGAUACAGGCCGUGCGACAACAGCGAACAUGAGAACCAAGACAGCGGAAGACGAAAACCCCGACGAGGGUGAUGUUCCCUGUGAAGAAGAGGUUGACAAAGAACAAGACUGGAUAGCAGAAUUUGGGAGAUCUAUGCCAGGCGCCAAAUUUGAUGCAAUCAGGUCUCAAGUCAAAAAGUGGUUUGAAGAAGACAGCACCGCAAAGAUCGUGAUCUUUACGCAGUAUGUCAACAGCACUAGGAUUUUGAAGUACUUGUGUGAAGAUAACGGCUGGAAAUGCUCUCAAAUUACGGGUCGAAUGGCCAAUAGGUCACGAGAAAUUCAUCUGGAUAAUUUCCGGAGUGACGAUGAAACGAAGAUCAUGAUUUCAUCGAUUAAGACAGGUGGUCUAGGUCUUGAUUUCUCUGUUGCAAACAAGUGCAUACUGGUUGACCUAUGGUGGAACGAACCUGUCCAAGACCAAGCGUUCUUUCGUCUUUGGCGGAUUGGUCAACAGCGAGAUGUCGAAUGCAUCAUUUUCAUGGUCAAAGGGUCCAUUGACGAUUGGAUGGACAGGACCCAGAAGCGCAAAGCCAAGCAGAUCAGCGAGGUUAUGAGUCAAAAUGUGCUUAUGGACCGCAGCACGCUCAAGGAACUGCUGGAGAUGUUUGGCGAAGUCAUUGAUGACCCGACGAAGGGAUUCAGGGUCUUACCACACAAAGAUGCAGCCCAAGGCGCAUCAAAUCCCGCGCGCACCCGCGCGUCCAAAUCUACGCCCAAAGCCACUGCCAGAGCCAUUGCCACAGGAAAGGCCAUUUGA